AUGCCCCGAGCUUGGCAAGCUCAAUCGAUCGAGGAAUCGUAUCUCAUCUCUUCCUCAUCUAAUCAGACGUUCAUGAGCAUGAUGUUGUUCAUGGUGUUGAUCGCCAUCUCGUUGCAGGCUUUGGAGAUUUUUUGGGAAUUUUUACUCAUUCUGGCUGAUCACGUCAUCGUUGUUAUGAAAUUCGCCCGUCGGAUUGCCUCUAUUCAAUUAAAAACUCAAGAAACCUUUAAAUUUCUGCUAAAUUCUCGUGAGGCUAUC